GGAAGAGCGAAGGACUGGGAAGGUUGUACUUAGAUCUCCUCGACCGGUUUGCGCCCGCGAUAAAAGAGUGAGUCGAUACCAAGAUGGCGUCCGGUCCACCUAGUCCAAAAUCUCCUAAGAAACCGCAAACAUCUCCUUUGUCGCCACGUCAAAGGCAUUCUCAAUCAAUUGCUUGGGAUGCUGAAAUGGACAGCGAUGUACUCUUUUCAAGUCACACUGUUGAAGAGAUCCGAGCUGUGGAACACAAAACAAGGGGUGAUAUUGAAAGAAAAAAAGAAGAUCUACGCAUCAUGGUUGGAGAAAGAUACCGUGACCUUAUUGAUGCUGCUGAUACUGUUACAGAUAUGAAGACUUGUGCUGGUCAGGUGAUGCACUUUGUCCAUGAUAUUCAGAAGCAGUGUAAGGACCUUCAUUUAUCUCACAGAUGCCAUGGGGUGGGUGGUACCCAGGGAACCAAAACAGCUGACAAGGGUCCUUCACAGUCUAAAAGUGGUUUCUAUGCUAUUGCCUCUCAAAUGAAGCUGUUGGUAGAUACUCCAGAAAAGGUAUGGAGUGCAUUGGAAAGAAAACAGUUUUUAAAAGCAGCUCAGUUGUACCUGUUCUCUCAUCAUAUUGUUAGCAUUCUUCACAUUGAUACUGGCGACACCUCUGCACCUAAACUACUGGUGGGUUCAGUUUUCUUCAAAGCAUUAUAUAAUUGUUGCUGUGGAGCGAGCGUAGUGAGCGAGCAGCAACAUAAUCAGAAUUUAAGAAGAAUAUAUAGAAGGGGGUACGAAUUUUCGAAUUCUUCACUUUUUACCAGAAUGCAUUGCAUUUAACCAGAGUGCAUUGCGCCACUUUUUACCAGAGGGCAUUGCACCACAAACAACAUGAGGAUGUCACAUUGUUGAGCUGUCCUCCUUUUUUGCGUGGAUUUUUGUGGUUAUGUUUUGCUCUGAUUUACCUGUAAAACGCAACUGGCACCCGUUUUAUGAAGCUUGGUUUGGUGUAGAAAUUUUUGUAGAGCUCUACGACUCUAUGCUUUCGUCAUCAGUCUCCUCCUACAUGUUGGAAAGAUACAUUACCUCCCACUUCAUAGCUUUUACCGUGGUUGUGUAUUGUUACUAUGGUUACCUGCCUAUUUGGUAACAUUUGAUUUCAAAUUUUAGCAUAUUCCUCACAUAUAUCUCAUAUACAGUAUAUUAAAGUGUUAUUUAAGUGUUAUUUAUGGCUUACAGUGUUUUAGUCGUUUUCAAUUUAAAAUUCUGUAUUGAGUUUACCCUCCACCAUCUGCGCUCUACGCUUUACGGUUCUAUGUACGGGUGUAGAGGCUUACAGUCAUUGUAGCAAAUAUUAAAGUGCAUGGGGAAUGUUUAGUGUUGUUACGGUUUACAGUAUUUUAAUAAUCUUUUUAAUAUACAAUUCUGUAUUGAGUUUACCCUCUACGCUCUACGCUCCAUGCUAUAUGUUGCACCAUCUACAUUCUACUCUCUACGUUCUUCCAGCUACUCUCGUCAAUCUAUGCUCUACGAUCUACCAUCUAUGCUGUAAGUCCAUCUGUGUGCUACGUUCUACCAGCUACUCUCUUCGAUCUACGCUCUACACUCUACCAUCUACUGUCUAUCCUCUAAGCCCAUCUAGGCUCUACUCUCUACAUUCUACCAGCUACUGUCUUUGACCUACACUCUACGCUCUACCCUUUAAGCCCAUCUGCUUGGAAGGUUAUUGGAAUUUUGUAAUAAUGCCUUAAUGUACAUCUUAUUGUCGUGUUGUUUUGGGGGCCGUGUGAUUAGUGCUAACCAUAUGGCCCCCCAAUGUAUAAAAAAAGUUAAAAAAUAAAAAAAAAAUUAAAAAGAUGAAAAAAUUAAAGAAACACAUAUUUUUUGUUUGGAAGGGUGGCAAAGAAAUCCUAUUAGAGUUUCUUAGUUGUCUCUAUAGCAAGAAUGAUUGUAUCAAACUUACGUACUAUGUUAUUGACCAAAGUAGUAUUUCGUUUUUCGAUUUAUUUCUUUACAAAGAUGCUAAUUUUAGCACUGCAGUUUUCUACCUAUCAAAAGCCACUAAAUAAGUAUCUGUACUUUCCCUUUGAGUCAUUUCGUCCCGUGAGCAACGAGAGGGCCUUUAUUAGCCAUUUUGGCUAGUGAAAAUGAAAAUUUGUGAGCACUGGAGGCCCAGAGGAAACCAAUUAAAAGUUAAUUUCAAAUUUUUCUCAAAUUGAAAUUGAGUCAAAGCAUACAGAAUUUAAAACAUCGGCUGUAAUAAAUAUCAUAUAUAAUUCAUUUGCCCAAACAACAACUAAUGCGAAAGAAUGAUUGACUUUUUUGUUUGUUUGUAAAAAACGACGAACGACAAAUGAACUGCUUGCCGCUAAUGAUUAGUUGUGUGAAAUUGUGCGGAACUCUAGGGAUCAUGUUUUAUGCGCGCAGCAUCUGGAGGUCAUGUAUGCUUUCAAAAAAUUAAAAAAUUCGCAGUUGUUUGAAAAUUUGAAUGAUGCCUAUAUAAUAUUGAUGCUUAUGUUUGCAACUUGUAAAUUAAGUUAAGAUGGAAUGAAUUGUUGUGUUCAUGAGAAAUCGUGAAUCAACAUUUUGAAAGAAAGGAAUGUUUUUUGGCGGCAAGUUGUGAAGUACUGUGAGAAUUUCUCACGGAUGGCAGGUCUAAAACACAGCUCAUGGGUCACUGGUUAUUAUUGUUUUUACCAAUACUGAAACAACCUUAAACCUUUACUAAUACUAACCUUAAGCCUAAACAUUGUCUUAGUGUAGUAUUUAGGCCUAAGGGUAGCAUUAGGAAGGGGUUAGGGUUGUUCAGUAUUGGUAAAACAAUGACCCGUGACCUGUGUUUUAGACCCACUGUCUCCCGGAAGCGAAAACUUCGUUUUCGUUGUUGAGAGAGCGACUGAAAUCGAGCCUAAUUGUUGAGCGACGCCCAUGAUUAUAACAUUGAUGCCUAUGUUUGCAAAUGUCUGUGUCUGGCUAGUGAAAAAUUUUUUUUGGCUAACGAAUCAAACCUGUCACUAGCCACUGGGCUAGCAAGCUGAAAAGUUAGUCUCGAGCCCUGCUCGUGGAGAUGUUGUUUACUAGUUUUUAGUAUAGAGUGCACUAUUGGGAUGGUUUAGGGGGCUGCUGUUCGGUAAGGCACUAAGGCUGAGGGAGCUCGUCAAACAACUGGAUCAGCUGCCAACAAAGGAAUCACAUGUGGAGUUUCAAUCCACCUUGGGCACCUCACUUUGGUAGGGUGCAUGAGACAAUGAUCAAGUCAGCAAAGAGAGCAACCUAUGCGAUAUUGGGAACUGCAGAUGUGACCAAUGAAGAACUGAUGACAGCAUUUACAGGUAAAGAGGCACUCAUAAAUUCUAGGCCUUUAACAUAUCAGUCUACCAAUCCCUCAGAUGACACACCCAUCACCCCAAAUCAUUUCCUGAUUGGACAAGUAGGGGGCCAGUUAGCUCCUGGAUCAGUUGAUAGUGGCAAAUUCAGUCCCAAGAAGAGAUGGAGACAGGUGCAUGAACUAGUGCAACAUUUUUGGCACUGGUGGCUGUGAGAGUGGCUACCAACUUUGAAUCAUAGGUUCAAGUGACGGAAGGAACAAAAAGAUGUCCAAGUUAAUGAUGUAGUCUUGUUAGUGGCACGGGAUACACUGCGUGGGCAGUGGCUGCUUGGUACAGUCGUAGCGGUCUUUCCAGAAAAGGGUAAGCACAUGAGAGCUGUCAAAGUCAGAGUUGGCCGUAAGGAAUUGUUGAGACUGAUCACCAGAAUCUGCUCAGUAGAACUCCUUACAGAAGAUAGAACAAUAUCGCACUUUAAGAGAACUAGAAUUAUAGUGAACCUUUAAGCUAGAAACACACGAAACUCCUAUUGAUAGGUCAAUGAGCCACUGGCCCAUCAAGAAAGGGGAGUAUGAUGUGAAGGACAUUUUGUUAUAGUGUACUCGAAGUGCGAAAACUUAGGUCACGUGACUUCGAACGCCUAGUGGAUCUUUUGCUGAAUGAUAUACUCUCUAUUAUGCAAAAUAAAAUGGUUGUUGUUGUUGUUGUUGCAACCACGUGGAGAUGUUCUUUACUAGUUUUUAGGGUUAUUAUUCGUCAUAGAGAUUACGGUUUAUUUGAAGUUCAAAUAAAUGGUUUCACUAACAUCAAGAUGGUUAUCCAGAGCCAUUUAACAGACUUAGACUGUAUCGUCAGUUAUAAAUCUACUACUACUUUAGCACAUCUAUGUAAAUAGUAUGUUUUUGGGGGCCAUACAUUUGGCGCUAAUUGUAUGGCCCCCAAAAUAUAACAAUACGCAAUAACAUAUGCAUUAAGGCAUUUCUUGUAACAUCCAUUUACAGCAUGUUUCAGUAGUUAUUCACUUCCAUGGGAAGUUAAACUUAGGCACACUCAUGUGCUAUAUAUGCUGUUCAAUGUUAGUUGUAAUCAUUCCCUGAAGAAGUCUCAUACAGAGACAAAACGCGUCGGAAAUAAACAAAAAAGCUUACAACUACAAGAAGUCUUUCCUU